GACUGGUAUGCUGAGCGCCAAGAAUCUACCAAUUCCAGUGACCUGCAACAUAAUGGUAUGUCUUGCUCUCAAGACUUCUGGCUUCCAAGUUGAAACGAACCAGCCGACCAUGAAGCUGCUAAUCCCAAAACAGACCAGUCCUUGUCCGCAAGUGCAAGCCAGACAGCUUCUCCGUUGGUAGAGGGCCGGUCGUACAUGGAUGCUGGCGGCUUGCAGGUUGGUAGCGACAUAUCAGCAUGGCAAACAGCCCUUCAGAGCCUCCCACCUGAGUUCAAGAGCACACCUGAACCCAUACACCCUCUAGCAACAGCCCUUGUUCAUCAGCCAACUUUGAGACAGGUUGAGUGGAAUCCCUACCGCCACCAAGGGAGUUUUGUGCCACGGACCGCUCAUGAUUUUGCUUCUAUAAUGAUAUUCGUAUGCGGCCAAAUUAAUCCAAACCCUUGUCGUAACUGUCUCUUGAAGAAUGGGCCCUUUGCGCGAUGCAUAGUAUCGCCCCCAGAAGUUCUGGCAAACAGUGCUAUCAAGCAUGCGUGCGCCAGUUGUACAUACCAGAACCAGUAUAAGAAAUGUACCAAUGAUCCUAUCACGGAAGAGGAAAUGCAAAAGAGCAUGAUAGCUAAGGGCAACGGACGAAUACGGUCAAGGUCUUUCCAACCGAGAUUGCCGAAGAUCCAGUCAGGUCCAAAAUCACAGAAGAAGGACAAAUUGCAUCAGCAACUGCGGCAGUAUCAGCAUGAGGCUCGCAAGUUGACACCUCAUCCUCCUCCUCCUCCUCCACCUCAACACACCACCGCAGAUACCUUCGCUGAUAAGCUACGUCAAGUUCGGUCUUGGUCUCCUCGCUCGAGAAGAUGGAUGAAGGCAGAAGCGUUGCAAUGGCAAGCGGCUAUCGCUACAGUUGAAGCAGAGCGAGUCCGCAUUCCCCAAAAUGCUCAAAGUUCCGGGCAACCGCUUACUGCACAUACACCUCAGGCUGCGAAACAAACUGCGAAUUCGACACCAAAUUCACAGCCAGUAGCUCCAUCCGCAAGGUUUAUGCCCAUUCAUGUGAUGGACCAAGGGGACCACGGGAUGCAAGAUGACGACGAGGAUAAUGACACUGACAUGAGCGAAGACGAUUGAAGUGAAGGUGAGAAUUGGAUAUAAUUUGGUGAUCCUCAGACUACGGCCAGACCUCAUCACUGAGAUAGCGGACGCCUCAGACCAUAAAGAUUGUACGAUGAAAUUCACCUGGCGCUCAACACUAGGUACUCUUUGCCUUCCAAAUUUGGGCUCUUCUCUAACACUCUUACUCUGACCAUUCUGCACG